ACAAACGAAAUAGCCAGAACUAGAAGACCUCUCUCAUCCACCUCUCUCUCAAAUCUCGCCUCGCUCUCCGAGAAGAAAUAAGCCGGUCAAGUCGCCGGCGGGAGUAUAAAAGCAGGUUACGACGAAUUCCCGGCAAGGUAAUCCGACAAUGCGAGGGUUACGAGCUUCCUCGCUUUUACUCUGUGGUGUUGUUUUAAUUCAGCUGCUUGCUGCUCAAAUCGAUGCUCAGAAAUCUAAAAGUCCAUGGCUGACGCUCACUGGUGAUUUUCCUCGUGUGAUUGCUCGUGGUGGAUUUUCUGGACUGUUUCCAGAUUCGAGCCUCGAUGCUUACAAGUUCGCAAUGAUUACAAGUGUACCAGAUGUUGUUCUGUGGUGUGAUCUUCAGCUAACCAAAGAUGGAGCUGGGAUUUGCUUCCCUGGCUUAACAAUGAGCAAUGCUUCAUCUAUUAAUGGUGUUUACCCAAAUCGACAAAAGUCAUACCUCGUCAAUGGAGUCCCUACUCAGGGUUGGUUCACCAUUGAUUUCUCCUUGAGAGACCUCAAGGAUGUUACCUUGAUCCGAGGUAUACUCUCUCGGUCGGAAAAAUUCGAUGGAAAUGGAUACUCGAUUCAGACGGUUCAAGAUGUAGACGCGCUGAAACCACAAGGUUUCUGGUUAAAUGUUCAGCACGACGCGUUCUAUGCUGAGCAUAAUCUGAGCAUGAGCAGUUUUCUGGUAUCAGCUUCGAAAACUGUAAUCAUUGACUUCAUCUCUUCCCCUGAAGUCAACUUCUUUAGGAAAAUUGCUGGACGUUUCGGGCGUAACGGACCGAGUUUUGUGUUCCGGUUUCUCGAGAAAGAGGAGUUCGAGCCAACAACAAACCGAACAUACGGUUCUAUCUUGAGUAACCUAACUUUUGUCAAGACGUUUGCUUCAGGGAUUCUUGUUCCCAAGUCUUACAUAUUGCCGCUCAAUGACGAGCAGUACUUGCUUCCUCAGACAUCAUCCUUAGUGCAAGAUGCUCACAAAGCUGGAUUGGAAGUUUUUGCGUCAGGUUUUGCAAAUGAUGUCGAUAUUGCACACGACUACAGUUACGAUCCAGUGUCUGAGUAUCUAUCUUUUGUGGACAAUGGAAAUUUCUCUGUCGAUGGUGUGCUCUCUGAUUUUCCCAUCACAGCAUCUGCAUCCGUCGAUUGCUUCUCCCACAUGGGCAGAAACGCUACAAAACAAGUGGAUUUUCUUGUUAUGUCAAAAAAUGGUGCGAGUGGAGACUAUCCAGCGUGUACAAACUUGGCAUAUCAGAAGGCAAUCAAAGAUGGUGCUGAUGUUAUCGACUGCUCGGUCCAAAUGUCCAGCGACGGCAAACCCUUUUGCUCAAGUUCGAUCGAUCUCGGGAACACCACAAUGGUCACCCAGACUCCUUUCAGAAAUCGUUCAGAAACUGUCCCUGAGAUUAGCUCAGUCGGUGGAAUAUACACUUUUAGUCUCACAUGGCCUGAGAUUCAGACCUUGACUCCUGCUAUAUCAAACCCCUACAGAGGAGGAUACCGUUUGUCUAGGAAUCCAAAAGAGAGAAAUUCUGGGAAGCUUCUUUCGCUUUCUGAAUUCCUUAACUUGGCAAAGGACUCGACCUCUCUCUCCGGUGUUUUGAUCAGUGUAGAGAAUGCAGCAUACCUUAGAGAGAAGCAAGGGCUCGACGUGGUUAAAGCGGUUCUUGAUACACUCACAGAGACUGGCUAUAACAAUAUUACAACCACAAAGGUCAUGAUUCAGUCAACAAACAGUUCGGUUCUAGUUGACUUCAAGAAACAGAGCAAGUACGAGACUGUGUACAAAGUUGAGGAAACCAUCCGUGAUAUUCUCGACUCUGCUAUCGAAGACAUAAAGGAAUUCGCUAGCGCUGUUGUCAUUGGAAAAUCAUCAGUCUUUGAAGUCACUGAUGGAUUAGUCAUUGGACAAACCAAAGUUGUAGAGAGGCUACAGAAGUCUCAGCUCCCGGUUUAUGUGGAGCUGUUUCAGAACGAGUUUGUAUCUCAACCAUAUGACUUCUUCUCUGACGCAACUGUUGAGAUAAACUCGUAUGUCACUGGAGUCGGUAUAAAUGGAACCAUCACCGAGUUCCCUUUCACAGCUGCAAGAUACAAAAGAAAUCCAUGUUUGGGCAGCAAAGAAAUUCCAUUUUACAUGGCACCUGUCCCACCCGGUGGCCUCUUAGAAGUAGUGAGUCCUGGGUCCCUACCUCCAGCCGAAGCUCCUAAACCGGUUUUCACAGAUGCUGAUGUCACUGAACCACCACUACCUCCGGUUACAGCAAAAGCCCCAGCCUCAACCCCUGGAACCCCAUCAACCAAUGCACAAGCACCUAGUGGACAAACCCGACUCACUCUAUCUCUUCUCCUUUCUGUAUUUGCAAUGGUUCUUGCCUCUCUUCUACUUCUGUGAUCAACCCUUGAUCACGUCUCCUCUCUGUUGAUAAUGUUAAGGUUAUCCUGUGUGUGACUCAGUCAAAUCUUAACAGCCGGAAACAUCAUUUUUUUUCCUGUUUAUAUUCUAGUUCUGUCCAAAAGAGCAGGAAAUUCUUGGAGUGUAACUUUCCCUCAGAUUCAUUUGAGAUAUUCGUUUGUUGUUGUAACAUAUAUUCUUAUACUCUUGCCUUGUGCCUUGUAAUAUUUAUGAGAUUGUAUCCUUUCUUAAACACGUAACCAAUUUCUUCUUCCAUUAAA